UUUGACAAAGCAGAGAAUUUCAGGUCUGAAUCAAGAUACGAGAAGGAAAAUAAGGAGAAUGAAGAAGACGUUUGCAUGCGAUGAAUCAAUGAUCAUCACCAUUUCAAUUGGGAGUCUGAGGGCCGCUGGAGAGGUUCAACUGAUGCCGGAGACAUUUCAGUGCGUGUACAAAGAUUCCUACAAGGUCUUUGCUAUCAGAGGGAAACCUAAACCUCUUGGAGCAGUCCAAGCCAUCGCUGGUGUGUUCAUUAUCACGCUCGGUCUGAUCUUUACUAAGACAGAAGACUUCACCAGGUUCUACACUCUACCCAGUGUUCUGUUUGUGGUCUGUGGCAUCCUCUCCUAUGCAGCUGGACAGGCUCCAAACAUGCACGUGACAAAGCUGUCAUUCUCUCUGAACAUCGUCAGCUUCUUCUGGUCAAUUGCAGCAGUUAGUCUCUGCUUGAUCAAGUCUUAUGUUGUGCCAGGAGAGAGCUCAGACAAUCUCAAGAUCCAUGAAGGAAUCAAGGGACUGAUUAUGACUCUGCUGGUUGUUGAACAGUUAAUCGCCCUUUCCUUGAUCUACUGGUUGAGCAAAGCUGUAUGCAGACAACAUUUCAACACUUUGCCCAUCAUACUGCUGAAACAAGGAGACUGAGGCUGGAUGAAGCUCAAAAAGCCAACAAGCAACCACGUAUUGAUGGUACUUUUAAAUCCUCAUUGUAUCAAAAGUGCAUAGCAGCCAAUCAGUGUCAUAUACCCGUCAAUGUACAACAUACAAAGAAUGUGACAUUAGCUAUUGUUCUCCUUUCAGAAGUAGCUAAAAAAUGUGCAUGCAUGUGAAAGAGCCGCCUCUUGGAUAUAGAUUAACCUUUAUUUUGUUUGUGUAAAUCUAGCUGUUUGAAUUGCAUUCUUUAAUACUUUUACAACAGAAUCGCCAACAAUGACAACAAAUCCCAGUUUAAAAUGACUGUUUAUUUCUAAAUUGGAAAACAUUGUAUUGUCUCAACCUCUGGAAGUUCAGGAAAUAUUCUAAAACUUCUUGUUUUAGUGUUUUUUCGGUUCCCUGUGAAUUAAUUUGUAACUUUGUUUUGGACAAAUAAAAAUAAAU